AUGCACGAUCAGGCGAUUGUGCCACAACAGCCCCAUUUAGAGAUCUUCAAUUCACUGUUAGAGGGGCCCCCGAAAGACCAAACAUUUCAUCUUUUUCCGUUUCUUCCCCCGGAAAUCCGUUUUAUCAUAUGGGAGUCUGCUCUACAACGCCGACGGAUCAUCCGCGUCAACUUCAUGAUAAUAGACACAGCGAAAUUCAAUGAUGGAAUACUGGAUUACAACGAGUCCUAUAUCGUUGCCUUGCAUGGGUGUCAAGUAUUUAGCAAGUUGUUCCGAGUCAACCGCGAAUCCAGAGAAAUUGCACAAGCCUUUUAUCGAGCUCAAUUCCCCUGCAUGUUUGUGAAUGUCGCCGGCGACAAGGUGUCAAGCACUUGCUACAUCAACCCUGAUUUUGAUACCAUUCAGUUUGAUAUCAAUGGACUCUUAACUGGAGCUUUCAUCGACUUUCUAUACGUGCUGAGAAAGGAUUGCGACCCUUUCCAAGUCGGGCUCCUGAGCCUAGCUCUGGAUAAGCCUUCUUUACUAAACAUCCACCGCUUCAUCACACAGAAUUAUGCGACAAUCGCAUCCCUGGGGACCGCAAAUCUUUUUCAGAUACUAUUAUUCAACUUCGCGAGCUUUACUUUGUUGGCACGCAAUCGGCUCGCCAGAUCUUCAACCACAGCGGCCACAUGCACCUUUGCGCUCCUCUCCCAAGAUCCACGCUCAAUCCAACAAGAUCUAACGCACCAGUAUCUGGGCGAAGACCCCCGCGAAAUGGUGAUCGCCUGGCGGGAAACCCUACGAAUAUUGGAGAUAUGUCCUAUCAAGAUUAACUAUCAGCUUCUGCUGGCAUUUCAACCCCCAAGUCGGGUUCAGAUAUCCAAUUGCAAGAGCGCAGCUGACUGGCUGCGUAGUGAGGAUGCAGAAUGGCGAGGCGAAUGGCGACUGGGCAAUGAAAUACGGAAUGGAAAUUGGGCUCUGAGGUACUGGGAGUACACAGACCGUCUCGAUGAAUGUGAGAUUGGCGCUCUCCAUGAACGAAAUCAUGAUGAGAACCUUGAAAAAGCUGUCAAGCCUGCCUUUGGGUUUUGGCUAUUUCCGCUUAAAACGAUAUGCAACUGGCCAGACAAUACGACGGAUGAAGUUUGGGCGUGGCCGGAGAUCUGUUCGCUAGCUCAUGAGUGGCCGGCACUUGCAUUGUCUUCUCUCCCUUGA